CCGCAGGGUAGUCCAAGGUGCUCUUUCCCAAGGGGGGCUGCUGGGCCCACUCAGCCUUGCUAAAGUCCUUGCUCAGCAUAUGGUCACAGAAGGUGAAGGAGCAGGUGUUGGCCCAGUGGUGCCCUUGGGCGAGUGGAGCGUUUGGGAAACACAGAGGGAGCCCUAGGCAGCAGGGACGCUGCCAGGGUUGGGCCUAACAGGGCGCUGCCUACCCCCAAAACUGGACAAGUCUUCCCUACAUCCUUUUCAGCUUCACCGUCCCGGCCCAGUAGCUGCUGGUACACGCAUCCGCCAAGGCGGGGGUGAACCAGAGGAGGGAGAGGCAGGGGCCUCGCGCCUGGAAACGCCGAGAGAACAGGAGAUAAACAGCUAUAGCGCCUCCAUCCAACGCCAUUUUGGUGACACGCUACUUCUCUCUCAACUUCGAAUCACGUGAAGUCAGCUGCGAGAAGACAAGAUGGCGCCGAGCAAGAGGAGCGGAGACGGAAAGCAUAAAUCUUGCUUUCCAACUGGAAGCAUAAGAAAGGCGCGAAGGAUGGAACUGCGCAGGCGUUCAGCUUUGGCAAGCUUUAAAAUUCGAACAGCAGGGAGGAUGCGUCCAGAACACGGUCUUUAAACGAGACCUAUUUCACGAGACCAAAGGUGGGGUUGCGUAAGAAAAAGCGGAGAACGGGGGGCACUCCAGCGUAGUCGCGGGAAGAAGAGGGGCGGAGCGUUCAGGAUGCGCAUGCGCAGAAUCAAUGGCGGGUUGAAGCGACUGGCGAAAACUACCUUCGCGAUAUGGCGGCCGAGGCAGACGGGCCGCUGAGGCGAGUACUGGUGCCGACUCUAUUACCUGAGAAAUGCUACGACCAAAUUUUCAUCCAAUGGGACUUGCUUCACGUCCCCUGCCUCAAGAUUCUCCUCAGCAAAGUCCUGGGGCUGGGCAUUGUGGCUGGCUCCCUUCUGGUAAAACUGCCCCAGGUGUUUAAAAUCCUGGGAGCCCAGAGUGCUGAAGGGUUGAGUCUCCAGUCAGUGAUACUAGAGCUAGUGGCAUUAACUGGGACCAUGGUCUACAGCAUCACCAACAACUUCCCUUUCAGCUCUUGGGGUGAAGCCCUGUUCCUGAUGCUUCAGACAGUCACCAUCUGCUUCCUGGUCUUGCACUUCCGAGGACAGACUGUGAAAGGUGUUGCUUUCCUAGUAUGCUAUGCUGUGGUCCUGCUGCUGCUGCUGUUACCACUGACACCCCCAGCAGCAGUCACCCUGCUCCAGGCCUCCAACGUGCCUGCCGUGGUGGUGGGGAGGCUGCUACAGGCAGCCACCAACUACCGCAAUGGGCACACAGGUCAGCUCUCAGCCAUCACAGUCUUUCUGCUCUUUGGGGGUUCCCUGGCCCGGAUCUUCACUUCCGUUCAGGAAACAGGAGACCCUCUCAUGGCUGGAACCUUUGUGGUUUCUUCCCUCUGCAACGGCCUCAUUGCUGCCCAGCUCCUUUACUACUGGAAUGCAGGGGCUACUCACAAGAAGGAAAAAGAGCAGUAGGAUUGAGCCAGCUGCUGGAGUCCAUUCCAAGUUUCCCUUUAUUCCCCCUCAGGGUCCUCCCCACCUGAACCAGUGAGCUGGUGUGACUUUUAAUCGCCCGGCCGCCAUUCCUCUGCAAUUUCAACUUGAGCCAGGGUUUUUUUUUUCCCUAUGAUCUUUAGUUGGGGUAGAGAUUUUCAGGUUGACAUUUUGACACUUAUUUUGUACUGUCCUGUGCAUGUGCUCUUAACUCAUUGUAUCAUUUGGCUGAGAUUUCUGUUAACAGCAAUUUCCAGCAACUUACGUCUUACCCUGUCCUCCCAUCUCCUUACUUCCCUUCUGGCCCUAGAGGACAGAGACUGGACAGUGGAACGGGACCUAGGAGCUUGUGGCCACCUCCCUCCCCCAUCCUGGCUGGGGCUGUCUCCUGGACCCCAGUGCUGGGAGAAAGGGGGCACUGAGAAUGACUCAGGCAGGGCCCCAGGGUGGGGUGAGGAGGUUCCUGCACUGGCAGGUCCAAGCGGAAGGGAGUGGAGACCGCACAGAUUGUUGCUCCAGUGAGGGGGAACAGAGAUGGAGCAAUAAAGACUCAGAGACACAUGG